CCUCUCGGUGGAAUAGCGGUUAUUGCGAAUUGCCGUUGUAUACGUGAGGAACGGGUUUCCGGGUUGUCGGAUUACUUCCUUGUACUCAGAAUUGAUUGACCUUCGUUUCGAAAUAACCUCCGUAUAUGUAAUCUUUCGCUUUUCUGAUGAGUGUUCUCUCUUUCGAGCUCGAGCUGAUUUUCCGGUUUAUCAACUGCGCAAAGCUGCUUUCGAUACGAUAUAGGGUAUAUAAAAGAUGAACGCAUCGUGGAUGCGACAAGUGGGUCGAAAUGCAGCAUGUUUUGCGAUUCUUGGGCCACGAUCAUUUGUUGGCGAAGCGAAUUUCCGGAAAACGUUAUCAACGAACCCUGGGGGUCCACCGAAGGUUCUUAUCACUGUAUUAUUUUGCGUCAUAUGAAAUCGUCGCUAAUGUAUAUUUUCCAGGUGCUCUCGGGCAGUUGGGACGAGGUCUGGCGAAGAUUUUGCGUGCCAAGUUCGGGAGCGAUAAUGUCAUCAUGUCUGACAUCGUGAAGCCGGAUCUUGACAUAAUGCGAAGCGGACCCUAUUUGUAUGCUGACAUAUUGGACAGAGAAGGACUUCACAACAUCGUCGUUACGCAUCGAAUUGACUGGCUGAUUCACUUUAGCGCUUUAUUGAGCGCUAUAGGGGAGCAAAACCUGAGACUCGCUAUGAAAGUCAAUAUUGAAGGGGUCCACAACAUCCUGGAGGUGUCCAGGACUCAUAAACUCCGCGUUUUCAUACCAUCGACCAUUGGUGCAUUUGGACCAACAACACCCCUGGAGAAUGUCCAGGAUUUCACGAUCCAGCGCCCUAGGACAAUUUACGGAGUCGCCAAGGUGCACACCGAGUUGCUUGGGGAGUAUUACCACGAACGUUAUGGACUGGACUUUCGUUGUCUUCGCUUCCCUGGUGUCAUCAGCUAUGAAACUGCCCCUGGAGGUGGAACAACUGGUUUGUAUAUGUUCUGAUG